AUGGCAGCACCUCCGCCCAAGCCUGGCCAGCCUGGCCAGCCUGGCCAGCCCAAGGAAGCAAAAAAAGGGUUUAAACGCUACAGGUGGGAAUUCAAAGACAGCAAUAAAGAGUUCUGGUUCACGGGACACGCCAUAGCCAAGAUCAUAACUUUGGCCUGCGCAAUCAUUGCUCUGGAGCUCUUCGAAACUGUGGGUGGACACCCUCUCCUGAUCCUGCUUCUUACUAUGGAGGUGUCCAUCAUCACUUUUUUCAUAUUCCUUUACAGCUUUGCCAUCAACAGAUACAUUCCCUUCAUCUUCUGGCCUGUUACUGACCUCAUCAAUGACCUGGUCUGCUGUGCCUUCCUCAUCGGUGGCAUAGUCUUUGCUUUGCAUGCUAGAAACACAUUGCCAAUGGCCUACUUAACUGCUAUGAUACUUAUGGGAGUUGCUGCAUUUUUUGCUAUCGUCGACCUGUGUCUUCAAAGAAAACACCUUAAAGCCAAGAAGCUUCGAAAGCUUGCUCUGCUUGCCCCAGACAAAGAUGGUCAUAUGCCAGACCCAGCCCUGCAUGCAAUGCUCGAAGCUCAGAGAGAAGAGGAGGAGGCAAGGCAAAAGGAACAGGAGAAGAGAGAG